AUGCUGACGUGCGCGAUAUGUAAUACCGUUAUCGCCGAGACGUCGACUAAAUCACCGAUCGGAGUCCGUUUCCAAGGCGCUAGCCCGGAUGAGGAGGCCUUGGUUGAAAUGGCUGCGAGCUCGGGCUACAUCCUCACGGACCGAAGCUCGGAUCUCGUGUCACUUAGAAUAUUACAGUCCAGUCCCGCAGGAAAGGAGCGACAAUGGGAGGAUACCACAUUCAAAAUUCUCGGUGUCAACGAGUUCACCAGCGAACGCAAGCGCAUGAGUAUUCUCGUCCAAAUCAUGAAGACCAUUGAAACUGAUGAAGGGGACGUCGCCUAUAUCCCUGAUGGUCGCGGGUCUAUGCUAUUGGUGAAGGGUGCAGACGACGUGAUGGCUGAACUGUGCCAGAGAGAUGUUGGAGAGGCCUCAACUAUCGAUUUAUGUGGGGUCCCUGUCCGGGAUGUUCGAGAGGAAACGGUUUUUGAUAUCAAUGAAUUCGCAUCGGCUGGCCUUCGAACACUCAUGCUAGCGAUGCGAUACCUUGAUGAAGUCGAGACCUCAGAGUAUCUUGGAGCCCUGAAUGAAGCUAGGCACUCCAUAACGAAUCGAGCUGAUCGUUUCGCUCGAGUAGCCGAGAAGUUCGAGACGGGCCUUAUCGUUCUCGGGGCCACUGCUGUAGAAGACAAGAUACAAUAUGGCGUCGAAUCAACGGUCUUCCGAUUGCUGAAUGCAGGUGUCAAGGUUUGGAUGCUCACGGGGGAUCGGUUCGAGACGUCUCUGAACAUAGCUCGAGCAGUUGAGCUUUUGCCUCGUGAUGGGAUUGUGUCGGAUCUCUGCCUUCAUGCAGAGACUAAGUUUAAUAAAGGAGAGGCGGAUGCCUUCGUACUUGAAAAACGGAAGACCUUCGAUGAAGACUACCUACAAUGGAUGGCCAAUGGAAAAAUGAACUCUCUGUGCGUCGUCUUGGACGGUUCGGCAAUAUCAUGUUUCGCUUCAUCGAGGGAUAACUUGAAGAUCCUAGCCAAUGUGCUCAUGAGUACCGUGUCGGUUGUGGCAUGUCGCU